CAAGCUUUCAAUGUUUUUAUACCAGGGCUAACAAAUAAUCUAACACUCAUUGUGAAAUUUCAAAAACCAAAUUAAUUAGAAGACGCAAUAGUGAUAGCAAUUAAUGAAGAGCAGGAACAAAAAUCAAAAUUAGAAAUUCAAAAAUAUCAAAAUAUUAACAAUAUCAAUGCCAAAUUAUGUCCUUUUUGCAAUAAGUCAGGACAUACGAGUUUCAAUUGGCAUUUAAUAAAUGAGUCUAGGAAAAGGGAAUAUAACAAUAGGAUGAGGAAUCAAAAUAAUAAUCAGAAUAAAUCAUUUCAUGGUAGUUCAAAUUCAACCCAUUUAAACUCCCAAAAUCCUUGUCGUAUGAUAGGGCGGAGGGUUGCACAAACAUUCCAAAUUGAACCACCUCAAGAAUAGCAAUAAUAAAUUUAGAAUCAGUUACUACCUAUGUCGGUUUAGAAAUCGCUCAACCAACCCUUUAGUGGUCGACGGUACUAGUACGUACCAUUACUUUUAAUAGCACGUAAAAUUACUUCCGAUAAGAAUCAGAAGCAAGUGUAUAAAAGUAUGCACACAUGCCGUGUAUUCACACGGCAAAGAUUGUAUUCAGAAUCGUUUUUCUCUCUGAAUUGUGCAGCAAGGCAAGAAAUUAUAUAGUAUAUCGAAAUUAUGGUUAUUGAAAUAGAUAAUAAGCUGCUAAUUACAUUUGUUGAACAGCGACCAGUGUUAUGGGAUAAAAUCACUGAUGAAUUUAAAAAUAGAAACAAGAUAGCUCUGGUCAUUAGGAAAAUUAUUGAACUUCGCGAAGUCAUCAAUAGGGACUUCGUUGUU